GACGAGGACUGUGAGGCAGAUUACGACACCUGUAUUGAAAACCCGUGUCCCCAAGGAACUAACUGCACAGAUCUGGACCCCGAGCAGGAAAUACGCUUACAGAGGGGAUACAACUGCACUGACUGCCCCACAGGACUGGCUCUGUCCGAAAACAAAUGCCUGGAUAUUGAUGAAUGCUCUGCGUCAAACCCGUGUGAUCACAACUGCUUCAACACUGAGGGCAGUUACUACUGCACAUGCGACGCGGGCUAUCGUGUAGCCCAACAGACUUGUUUAGAUGUCGACGAAUGUGUAGCAGGCAAUGGUGGAUGUGAACAAAUGUGCAUCAAUGACGCUGGGAGUUUCAGUUGUGGGUGUGCACAGGGAUUUUCGUUAACUUCAGAUGGCAAGACGUGUAAUAAAGAUCAGGAUCAGGACCCCUGUGUGGCGUUAAAUCAGACGAGCACAUGUGCGUAUGCCUGUCGAGUGAACAGCCUCAAUAAUCAAGCCGAAUGUUUUUGCAAAGCUGGCCAGACAGUGAACCCUAAUGGAUCGUGUAGCGAUAUAGAUGAAUGCCAGGAAAAUCCAUGUACAGGUCUGUGUACAAACACAGAUGGCAGCUUUACUUGUUCCUGUUUAACAGGUUACAAGUUGCUGUCAGAUCGAUUGAAUUGUGAAGGUAAGUGUUAUCUGUUUGUAAUGGAAUUAAAUAACUGUUCAGUGAAUUAA